AUGUCAAGCAGAAGAUCCAGAUCUAGGCAAUCAGGCAGUUCAAGAAUCACUGAUGACCAAAUUAAUGAUCUUGUUUCCAAGUUGCAACAACUUCUUCCUGAGAUUCGCCACACACAAUCCGAUAAGGUUUCGGCAGCAAAAGUGUUGCAAGAGACGUGCAACUACAUAAGAAACUUGCACAGAGAAGUGGAUGAUUUAAGUGAGAGACUUUCAGAGUUGUUGGCAACAUCUGAUACUGCUCAAGCUGCCAUUAUUAGGAGUUUACUUAUGCAAUAG